AACUUCUUGGGACGCCUCCUGCACUCCCGUUAUUCUGGGCGUAAAGUUUCAUUGUGUAGGGGUAAACCCGGAGUCAAUUUGGAAAACUGGACAGCACAUGUAUAUGAGGUUUUGGCGAUGGGCUCUUUUUUACCGUCUCCCGUUGUUUGGAUACACCUUCUUGUUUUAGCUGUGUCGGUGAGCUGCUUGAGUCGAAGCGACCUCUUCGAUUACGGAGUUCAAUUCGGUGAUCAGGUUCUUGAGAGUGGGACGGACAUAUCUCAGGAAAUUACAUUAGACCAGUCUUUGUAUUUCUUCGAUGGCAGAUUUGACACUGUUUACGUCAACACAAAUGGCUUUGUGUCUACGGCUAAACCUCUGGCAGAGUCAGAGUAUUUGGGGAACAUGCCUGCCAGCUUCAGCAUCAUAGCAGCUUUCCUUGGGGACCUGGACACUAGUGACGGGAUCGGGAAGGUCUACGUCAGACAGGACACCAGUCCUGACAUAUUGCAGAAGAUCGCUGAGCAGAUCAGCCAGGCUUUUCCAAACGAGGACGAGGUGGAGCCCACCCAUGCUGUCAUCGUGACAUGGGAGAAAGUAGCUCCACAAGGAGCUCCAGAAAGAGGAGAUGGAAGCAUCAAACAGAGAAACACCUUCCAGCUGGUCUUAACGUCCAUGGAGAUGUCCACCUAUGCCAUCCUGCUCUACCCAAAAGAUGAUAUUCAAUUCUUCUCCACACACAUAGAAGGUGCGAAUGAGCCUGUUGAGGCAGGCUUUAGCAAAGGUGCAAUUAAGAGCUGGUUCUCUUGGAAUAGUGUACAGGGGCCCUACUAUCGCAUCACCACUGAUGAUGAGGACUCAAUCAAAGACCUCACAGAACUUACUAAUUCAGGCAGGCCUGGUUUAUGGGUAUACGAGAUCGGCUCUUCUGCUCCUGACAGCUCCAUCACACCUGGCCAGGUUGUGACCCCAGAAGAGGGUGUGCCAGAACCUAGUGUCUCUGAGGUCCCAGAAUCCAUAAUCUCUGAAAGUCUCCUGACCCAAGAUUAUCCACCAGACGAACAAGAAACCCCCUUUCCAGAAAUACCCUCUACAGACAAUCCCUCUUUAAACUGGCAACCGGGGCCUCUGCAUCCCCCUCAUUUUCAGCCAGAAAAGUCAGAGAUUCAACCCAAAGCCUCCAACCCCCAGGCAAGCAACCCGCAGCCCCCUCAUCAGACCCGGUCCCAACCAAUCUACUCCCAAGUGGUGAUUGUGGACGAGCAGGAAGAAGAUUUAAAUGUUAAUGUUUUUUCCUACUUUGAGACGUGCUCCAACAACAGGCAAAAGUGCUCACAUUUUGCGGACUGCAGAGAUUAUGCCAGUGGCUACUGCUGCCAUUGUAAACCUGGGUUUUAUGGCAAUGGGAAGGACUGUGUUGCUGACGGCAAGCCCCAGAGGAUGAACGGGAAAGUCAGUGGUCGGCUCUAUGUCGGCAACAUGACGUCUCCAGUGGAGUUUGCCAACAAUGACUUGCACUCGUAUGUGGUAGCCAAUGAUGGGCGAGCCUAUGUCGCCAUCAGCAGCAUCCCAGACAGCAUCGGGCCCUCCCUGCAGCCCCUGGCCUCGCUUGGAGGGGUGAUCGGCUGGGCCUUUGCCCUGGAGCAGCCGGGAUAUGAGAAUGGCUUCAGUAUCAUUGGAGGGGUGUUCACCCGGCAGGCCGAAGUGACGUUUCAGCCGGGCGGGGAGAAGCUGACCAUCAGCCAGGAGUUCAAAGGAAUCGACGAGCAUGAUCACCUGGUGGUCACGACUCAGUUGGAGGGGCAGAUCCCCCAGGUGCCCCCCAGUGCCACUGUCGAGAUCGACCGCUACUCCGAGAUCUACCAGUACUCCAGUAACCUGAUCACGUCCUCCUCUACCCGGGAAUACACAGUGAGUCUCCCUGAUGGUUUCGUGCACACCCGCUCCUACCUGUGGAGGCAGAGUAUCAGCUUCCAGGGCUGUCCCCACAACGACGCGGCGCUCUCGGUCCCGUCCAGCCAACAGCUCAGCGUGGACCAGGUCUUCGUCAUGUAUGAUGCCACCGACCAGCUCAUCCGCUACGCCAUGAGCAACAAGAUUGGCUCCAUCAGUGGAACUCCUCAGCAGAACCCUUGUUUCACUGGGAGACAUGGAUGCGACACCAAUGCAGCUUGCCGACCAGGCCAGGGAACCCAGUUCACAUGCGAGUGUGCCACAGGAUUCACGGGGGAUGGGCGCGCGUGCUACGAUGUUGAUGAAUGUAGGGAAACCCCUGGAAUCUGUGGGGCCCAUGCUAUCUGUAACAAUCAGCCUGGCACUUUCCGAUGUGAAUGUAUAGAGGGCUACCAGUUUACCAGCGAUGGGCAUACCUGUAUCCAAGUGGAUCAUCCCAUCGAUCACUGCCAGAGGGGGACUCACGACUGUGACGUUCCGGAGCGUGCACGUUGCACCUACACAGUCAGAUCCUCCUACAUCUGCACCUGUCUCCCAGGCUUCUCGGGAGACGGCCGGGCCUGUCAGGACAUCGAUGAGUGCCAAACCGCUCAUUGCCAUAGAGAUGCCAUCUGUUACAACACACAGGGCUCCUUUACCUGCCAGUGUCGUCCUGGCUUCCAUGGCGAUGGCUUUAGAUGCACAUCUGAAUCUGAGCGUGAGAAAACCAGAUGCGAGCGUCACAGAGAGGAAGCCCUGGCUGCUACCUCAGGGGGGCAUUUUUUCCACCCGCGUCCCUCAGUGGGCCAGUACGUGCCCACGUGCGACAGCUACGGAGCCUAUGAGCCCACGCAGUGCCACGCUGGCACAGGACAAUGCUGGUGCGUGGACCGCGACGGCCAGGAGAUCCCCGGAAGCAGGACCGGACCCGGCAGCAGACCCAUGUGUUUUGAACAUGGCGUGGAUCCUCCCAUUGUUGGCCCCACCCCCAGUCCUGAAGUCAGUCCACUGGCUCCAGGCACUAAUCUCCUAUUUGCCCAGAGUGGCAAAAUCGAACACAUCCCAUUGGAUGGCAACAACAUGAGGAAAGAGGAGACAAAAACUUUGCUACAUCUGCCAGAUAGGGUGGUGAUCGCCGUGGCCUUUGACUGUGAGGAGAAGAUGGUGUACUGGUCUGACAUCACGCAGCCUUCCAUUAGCAGGGCCAGUAUGCAGGGGGGCCAGCCCACAGCCAUCAUUACAACAGAUAUCCAAAGUCCUGAAGGAAUAGCAAUCGACCACAUGUCCCGAAACAUGUACUGGACUGACUCCAUUUUGAACCGUAUUGAAGUGGCCACACUAGCAGGACGCCAUCGACGUGUGCUUUUUGACAGCGACCUCACGAACCCACGAGCCAUAGUUGCUGACCCUGCCAAUGGACGUCUGUAUUGGACAGACUGGAACAGAGACAGCCCCAAGAUUGAGAUGUCCAACAUGGAUGGCACAGACAGGACCAUUCUCGUGAGGGAGGACCUCCAACUUCCCAAUGGAUUGACCUUUGACCCCUAUUCCAGGCAGCUGUGCUGGGCAGAUGCAGGCGCACACAAGGUGGAAUGUAUUGACCAAUACACUCACCUGAGGAGAAAAGUGCUUGAUGAAAUUCAGUAUCCCUUUGCUAUCAUCUCCUAUGGAAGAAACCUGUACUACACAGACUGGAGAAGGGAAGCUGUAGUUGCCGUGGACCGUGUGGCAGUGAAAGAGGUGGACGAAUUCCUGCCUCAGAAGAGAUCACGCACAUAUGGCAUCACCACCUCCUACCCACACUGCCCUCAAGGAGAGAACUACUGCACGAGGGGGAAUGGUGGCUGCUCCCACCUGUGUCUGCCACGCCCCGGCGGCUUUACCUGCCGAUGCCCGGACGUCGGGGACGGCUCGUGCGUGGAGAGCGACCGCAGCUUCUGAGCACACCUGACCCAGGCAGCCGCAGGUGUGCCAUCAGAGGGGGAAAGGCUUGCCUGUGCUUGAAGAUGUCCCCCACUCAGUUCACGUGGGGGCACAAACAAAACCACGUGAUUAAAUGAAAGAUUAAACGUCAGAUCAACCACUGAACGCCACCGAUGUCACAAGUUCUGGGAUCCUGCAGAUGUGAUACUAACGAGGGAGGGUAGAGGAGGUGAAAUGAGCCGCUACCAUGUACUGGUAUGAGUCGUGUGUAAACUGAAAGAGUUGGUGGUCUCAGGGAGUUAAGCAGUCCAGGGAGAAGAUGAAACCACUGUGGGUGUACUGUGUGUGUGGGGGGAGGGUUUGGUGGUGGUUUUUAAACUGAUCCAGGAAUAAGGGCUUGUGAGCUGGUGCAAGGGAAUCUGUCAAAGCUAAAAUGAAGGGGUUACUGAGUUCCCAGAGCUGUGUGGGUGAGAGUGGACCAAGUGGCAGUGGUCUGGUAGUUAUUGGCAGGAUAUUAUCAUUACGUUAAUUUUUCACAUAACUAAAUAUGAUAUUUACAAUUAUUUUCAAUUUAGUUCUUAAAUUUCUCUUUUUGUAUUGUAAAUAAAUAAAUGGCUAAAAUAUAGACACUAUUUUGAAUAUGUUUCAGGUAAAAAUAAGUUUACAAAAAUUUAUGCCCAAGGUCUGGACCACCUGGACUGCCCCCUCCCUCCUCUAGCCCUACCCCCUGGCCUAGGGCAGUGUUGGCCUGGCUCCUCCCCCAACAUCUAUGCUUCAGAUACGGUUACCAUCCAUGCACUGUGUACACAGCUGGAGACAGGGGGUGGUAAACACAAGAACAUUUAGAUUCUGUACAGCUGUCUAAUAAAAACAACCUUUUUUAAAA